UGACCCCACACGCAGACCUAUACGGACUAUAAGUGCGUGAUGACGAAAGACGCUCUCUCUUUGCCGCAUCUACUGCGAGAAUGAAGACCAUUCUCAGCAAUCAGACUGUCGACAUCCCAGAAAAUGUCGACAUUAACUUGAAGGGACGGACAGUUAUUGUGAAGGGCCCCAGAGGCACCCUGCGGAGGGACUUCAAUCACAUCAAUGUAGAACUCAGUCUCCUUGGAAAGAAAAAGAAGAGGCUCCGUGUUGACAAAUGGUGGGGAAACAGAAAGGAACUGGCCACUGUUCGCACAAUCUGUAGUCACGUACAGAACAUGAUCAAGGGUGUUACACUGGGCUUCCGAUACAAGAUGAGGUCGGUGUAUGCCCACUUCCCCAUCAACGUUGUUAUUCAGGAGAAUGGUUCUCUUGUGGAAAUCCGAAAUUUUUUGGGUGAAAAAUACAUACGCAGGGUUCGAAUGAGGCCAGGGGUGGCCUGUUCAGUAUCUCAAGCCCAGAAAGAUGAGUUGAUUCUUGAAGGAAAUGACAUUGAACUUGUGUCAAAUUCAGCUGCUUUGAUUCAGCAAGCCACCACAGUUAAAAACAAGGAUAUCAGAAAAUUUUUGGAUGGUAUCUAUGUAUCUGAAAAAGGAACAGUUCAGCAGGCUGAUGAAUAAGAUCUCAGUGAUCCUGCUGCAGAAACAACAAGAUAGCAGAUGGUUCUAUGGACUCAGUUAUGAUCCUUUAAAGAGACAAUAAAAACUCUUGAUUUGAGAUUUUUUCCUACUGAUUUGUCAUUUCAAACUAUUUGGCCAGUAAACAGUUAAGUAAAUUCUAAUGUGUUAAGAAUAAUAACAGAAGGAAUAGGAGUGGUUGAUUUUGUUGUUGUUGUUAGCAAGACUUAAUGGCAGAAGGGGCUUGAAGGAAUACCAAGGACAUUUCAGGCAAGAGGAAUACGGUUAUCGUGGGAAGAACUUUAGGAGAUGCCCUGAAGGUAUGUAAUUUUACAGUGGCAUAGAUUUGAAGAUUUGUGAGGCAAAUGCCUGAGUCGCAGUAACUGAAAAGGCAGCUGAGAAGUGCUACUUGUCUUGGUAAGAAUUAAAAGAUGGAGUUAAUUUAUAUUUAUGAUAAACAUGGUUGCUGUAGUCUAAGGUUCUCUCAGACCCAAAUUUCAGCCACUUCUAUAUCUUAGUCUUUGAUAGCUUUAAAAAAACUUAAGAAACAUUCCAUGUGUCAUACUUCAGAUACACUACUAAACAAUACUGUGUUUUAACUCAGUAGGGUUGCCCCUAAACCUGCAGUCCUCCCCUAUCUCAUUUGUUAGAAACUGUAACUGUGUAAUUUCUCAGGCAAUACAUUCAACUUUGUCUUACCUACUGUGUCUAGUCCAUCAAUAAAAUCUGUGGGCUUACUAAGA